CCCCCCCCCCGCCCCAAAAAAAUUUAGCUGCCGCCCUCUUGCCUACCUUAAAACCGCUGCGUCCCGAAUCCCCUUCGCCCCGCGGCCGCGUUGCGUUCAAUUCUUCCGCCACGCCAGUCGCCACCGCCCCGCGGUACCCCAUUCUGUCCGUGCCCGCGUCUCGCCAUGGCCUUCGUCGUCCGCUGUAAGCGCUCCCGAUCCCCGCCGCGUGGUUUUGACUCUGCCCGGCGCACGCGCACGCGCCCGCUGGUGGAGAUGGAGGAGUUCUGCGUUGGAAAGGGCAAGGCUGGGAUGGCGCCGGCGCUACCCGACGACAUGCUCCUGGAGGUGUUCAAGCGACUGCCACCCCCGCGGGACGUCGUUCGCUGCGGUGCGGUGUGCCGCCGCUGGCGGCGCCUCGUCUCUGGGGCCGGAUGUCUCCCCACGCCGCCUCGCCACUUCGGGUUCUUCCGCAACUACGGCCCGUCGCCGCUGCCCCCGUUCGUCCCCACGGCGGGCAUCGUGCUUGACAUCGGCUUCCUCCCGGUUCCGCUCGCGUGCGGUGCGGUCCUCGUUGACUCCCGCGGCCGGCACCUCCUCCUGCGCGAGCUCGGCCCUGGGUUCGUCCGCGAGCUCAAGCUCCUCGUUUGCAACCCGCUCGAAAAGACGUCAGUGCGGGUGCCGUCCCUCUACAUUGCCGGGCACAGGGUGGCGUGCUGCGUUCUCAUCCCAGGGGAAGGCGCCGCGUUCCGCAUCGUCGUCGUCCUCUUCGGCUCCGCCCCGAAUCACUUUGAGGUUCUCGUCUACGCAUCGGCGUCCUCCGCUUGGGAGGCAGCCACUGGGCCGAUGACCCGGGCCCUGGUCGUUCGCCGAGGCCCGUCCGUCGUCGUCGGUGACGUCGUCUACAAGCUGCAGGGUGAAGAGAAGUACAUCAUGGCCAUCGACGAGGCCAAGAUGACGCUGUCGGCGGUGCCCCUGCCUGACACUGGGAUGCUCCUCUACGCUGGGAACCACUGGAUCGGCAAGACAGGGGAUGACCGCCUCUGUUUCUUCGCGAUCCGUGAGCAGCUUGCUCUUGUCAAGUGGGUUCUCGAAGCGCCUGGGAAGUGGGUGGAGCAGCAGCCGGUGGACCUGCGCUCCUUGAUGCACCCAGCCUUGGUCGGCGACCUCGCCCACAUGAAGCUCUCGGCGAAGAUGUCGGACCAGCUACGCGGCUGCAAGCUCGUGAGCUUUGCCGCGUUCUGCGAGGGCACGGGCAUGCUAUUCUUCGUGAUGGCCGAUUGGGUCGUGGUCUUGGACCCCAAGACGUGGAGGAUGGAGAGGCUGUGGCGCAACACCGACGAGUCGAGGCCGCUCGGUGACGUGUACCCGUGCGAGAUGCUGCAGUGGCCGCCGGUGCUGAAGGAUAUCUCGGCGCGGCCUGAUGAAGCGGGUGAAGGUGUUUGUUGAAAUGCGGGUUGGCGCGUCGUCGUUUAGCCUGUUUUGUGAUCGUGGUUACUGAUGUAAGCUUUGGUGUUGAAUCUCUUCUAUCUAAAUCCCGGACGGAGGUUUCCGGGCCGUCAUCUGAGUUCAUUGUUCAUGGUUGAUACUAAUGUUGGCAUGUUGUGCUUGCAAAUUUCUAUGUACAUAAAUAUUUCUUCCAAGGGACUGUCCGCAGAUACGCGCAUAUGGCGCCUUACGUU